ACCAAAUCCGCGUUUCUCUUUUUAUUUCCAUCCCGCUCCAACUCACGCUCGCUUCUUCUUUUUGAGUUUCCUCUUUGGUUUCCAGAGUCAGUUUCCUUCUUCCUUCUCUGGCUCGUUACUUAAUCCAUGUCGUUUAUUGUGCUUCCAAAAGACGCGUAAAAUUGGACGGGGUUCAAGUUCAUGAUCAUUGUUCAUGCAAAAACUGGUUAUUCCAUUUUGACGGCGUUCUUCUGUUGAAUAGUGGACGUCUCUAGCGCCAAUCUUCUGCACGAUGAUUUCUUUGUUUACGUCAAGAGAGGUCAAGCAAUGGCUCGUCAAACUACUUUAGUUAUCAUUGGUGUCACAGUUGGUGUGGCCUUUGGAAUUUUUAUUGCUUCCCUUGUAUUUUUUGGGAUAAGGUGGUAUAAGAAGCAUGCUCGUCUUACACAUUCUGCAAAAGAGAGUAGUUUAACCACUCUUCCAAUACGCACAAAUGGAUUAGGAACAAGCACUGACUUUAGUGCAUCUCUUACAAGUUCCAUAUCCAAUUCGAUGUCAGAAAAUCUGCAAAGAACCUCCAAUUUCUCUUGGUGGAGUCAUCAAAACAAAGAUCGAUUUUCUCCGACAUCUAGCAUUUCAAAGUACUCAUACAAAGAAAUCCAAAAGGCCACACAGAAUUUCACCACUAUUUUGGGACAAGGAUCAUUUGGCACAGUUUAUAAAGCUACAAUGCCUACCGGAGAGGUGGUGGCUGUAAAGGUGCUUGACUCUAAUUCUAAACAAGGGGAGAAAGAAUUCCAAACAGAGGUGCUUUUGCUGGGAAGGUUGCAUCAUCGGAAUCUUGUGAAUUUAGUAGGAUAUUGUGCAGAUAAAGGACAGCGUAUUCUGGUUUAUGAGUUCAUGAGCAAUGGAAGUUUGUCAAACCUUUUAUACAGUGAAGAAAAGGCUUUGAGUUGGAAUGAAAGGCUUCAAAUUGUUAUUGAUAUUUCACACGGAAUUGAAUAUCUUCAUGAAGGAGCAGUCCCACCUGUUAUACAUCGUGAUUUGAAGUCUGCCAAUAUAUUGUUAGAUCAUUCAAUGAGAGCUAAGGUUGCUGAUUUUGUGUCAAAGGAAGUGAUCUUUGAUGGCCGGAAUUCAGGCCUUAAAGGUACAUACGGCUACAUGGACCCAGCAUACAUUUCCACAAACAAGUUCACAAUGAAGAGUGACAUCUACAGUUUUGGUAUAAUCAUUUUUGAGCUCAUUACAGCCAUCCACCCGCAUCAAAAUUUGAUGGAAUAUAUAACCUUGUAA